CAACAGAGAAUGGCUGGCGCGACCGAGGUCCAACAAACGCUGCAACGCAUCGCUGCUCGCAAGGGCGUGCUUGGCGUCAUUAUUACAACAUUCGAAGGCGCUCCAAUCAUGAGCACGUUCGACGACGAACGCACUGCGCUCUAUGCCUCCAAGGUCGCACCACUGGUGCAGACGUCGCGUGCAGCGCUCCAAGACCUCGAUGCUCAGAAUGAUUUGACGUUUCUGCGAUUGUGGUCCAAAAAGCACGAGAUUAUCAUCGCCCCAGAUCGCGACUUUUUGCUCGUCACCGUUCAAGAUCCGUCAUCCAACACUGCUGGCAACGCUUAAACGAGUGUGAAUCUUCAGUAGUGUUGUGUCCAAGCACAUGUGGGGGAAGAGAGAGAGAAAAAAUAUAUUGUUGUGACAUGAAUCACGAAAAAGCAAACAUCUGAACAGA